UUUUCGGAAGUUAUUUAGCGACAGUAAUGUCACCUUUCUUGGAAGUAGUCCAAAACGAAGUCUUUCUUCGCUGUCCAAGAUGGCCCUAUCUAGUAGCGCAAAUUCUGAUGCCACUUUCUAAUGCUGUCACCAGUUCUUCAAGCAGUACUUCAGCAAUGGAUACAAGUACAGGUUACGUCAUUGACCUUGCUGGGAACCUGGAGUCAUUUGUUCACCUUGUACUGGAUGAGGUCUCUUGAGAUAAUAGGGGUACAAGAAUAUAAUAACAAUUAUUCUUGCCUGUCUUCAUGAAAUAUCAUGUUAUAUUCCAAAAUGAUUGUUUGUAGAACAUUGGUAAGGAUUUCUUGAUGAAAGUGAGGUCUUGGACAGGAUUUGGAGUAAAGAAAGUGUUAAGUUACAUGUGAAGAAAAGUACGUUCAAAAUACUCAAAAUGUAGUGAUUACAUUCACUUUACAUGUUGGAUUACAUUCAACAUGUAUUUGAAGUGUUUAAUGCAGAUCAGAUAUGCUUAAUGUAUUUAUAUAAUUAUGUAAAUGCACAGAUGGCCUACUUAAUUAAAUGUUCUGUGCAUCAUGUUCCAUUGAAUAUGAUACCUUUGUUUAUUUUUACCUAAAAUAAAACAAUUGUUAGACAUUUUAGAGUAAGUAUAGAGUUAUACCUUUAUUUUUUUAGGAAAGUGUUUGUUAUCUCUAAUAUAUUCCUUUUGCAACUGAAAAUUGAUGCUUUUUUGUUUGAGUUGUUCAAAAAUAUAAAAUUGUUUUCCAUUUCAAGUCUCUUUCCUUGAAAUUCCUGUCCAAGAACUUCAAAAAUAGUUUUUACCCAUGGUUAUGCAAAUUAUUAUUGGAUAUCUUUAUAGUGACUUACAGCUAUUACUCAUUUUCAUAUUUCAGAAGUCAGCACAUUUUGUAAAAUAAUUUUUAAGAAUGCACUUUGGAAAUUGAGGCAAUCAAUUCAAAUUAAUGUGGAGCAUGUUGACAUUGCUCUUUGAGGUUUGCUUUUGUUGCUUGGGAAUGAAAUUGCUAUAUGCUUAUGAGACUGUAAUAGCUGUCAAGAAAUUGCUCUUAUUCAGUACAUAGAAUAUGGAUCUUUGCUUUCUAAAGCACCUGGAUUGAUACAUAAAUUGCAUCUGAAGUAAGUAGCUUAAAAUGUCUGUAUCCCUAUUUACAGUAGAACAAAAAUUAUUGCGUGAUUUGAUGGUCUUGUGUUGAAUAUGAAGCUUGUCAUUUUUCUUGAUGUAAAAUGCAAAAAUGGUUUGAGAAGGGGCAGCAUGGGAAAAGUGGAGGCUGAUUUGCAAACCCUAUUAAGUGAUACAAGAUCGAAUUUAUGAAUGUUUAUGAGCACAUAAUGUUUAUAUUUUUUAAACAUUUUUAAGUGGAACAUUUGAAAAUCCUCUAUGUUUAAUUUUUAAAUGUAUAGUGUAUUGAAUGUAAAAUACAGUACACUGAGACAUUAUACAUUUCAUGUUGAACUAUUAAUAUUUUAUCCAGGUCAAAAAUAGAACAUACUUGAACAAAAUGUUAGUGUAAAGUCAUACUAUAUUAGUCUUUAGAAACCUUUAUUAAAGAAAAUAAUUUUUUACUAAAACAUCUUUCUCAAAAAUCUUUUAGUGAAUUUAUUUUUGGUAAUGUACCUAAUUAUACCAAGAAUAUAUUCCUUAAUCAAACUGAAAGUUCCUUAUAAUUUGAUAAAGGCAAUUUGCAUUUCUUUAAAUAUGCCAAGAGUGGAGUAGUUUCUUUGUAUUGUAAUUUUUCAAUGCAUUAAUCAUAAUCGUGCUAUUCUACUUAACAGUAUGUGAACACUUCAGUGUGCGCAUCGUUUUGGUUAUGAAUCAAUGAUACACCAGGUUUGUGAUUAUCACUGAAGUGGCAUGAUGGGGACCAAUCUAAUUUUGGUUGUAAAAUGCACAUUGAGUGGUUGGUAUUUUAAUAUGAUUUUUUUUUCAUGUGAAAAAUGCUUCACAAUUUCUGCUUCCUGAAUGGAGUUAAGGAUUGCAAAUCAUACUAAUGUUAAAAUGGAAGGACUCAUUCAAAGUGAGAGUAGCACCUGUUAUGUGGCAGGUCCAGAGAAGAAAAAAAUGUAAUGAAAGAAUUUUUUCUGUAACUUGCACUGGAAUCUUUAGAUAUUUUUUAUCGUAACUGCAAACAUUUAGGAAAAGUGUGAAAAUAGAAAAUUUAAUUAUUUAUUAUAUUUUAUGAACUCUUAUUAAGCAGCCACUGAAUCUAUAAAGAGGAAUUUUCUUUGAGCAAAAGAAGAAAGCAUUGUGAUAGAACUAUUGUAUUUUUUGUUGCUUUCAUUUAGUUUGAUUGUUAAAGUAACUGAAAUCAUGUUGUUUUGGCCAAUAAGGUUUAAUAUUGAUUGUGCAUAUUAUAAUUUUAUACAGAAUAUUGUUUCAGAAAUUGUUGAAUAAUUUUUCUAGAAAGAGGGCAUUGUUUUAUUGUAUGACUUUAACUGUAUUAUGCUAAAUUUAUUCUCUGGAUAUUAUUGCCAUGCAGUGGUAUCAGAUCAGAUUUUUUAAAGCACAUGCUCCUUUUUUGUUUUGAAAAAUAAACUUCAUGCACUGAGUAAUCAGUGUUACAACAAAUAAACACAUUGUAAUGUUCACGCAGAAUUUCUGAACAGCUCAUUUCAUUUUAACACAUUUUGCUGAAAGCAAGGGGUUUAAAAACUAUUUUUCCACAAACAGGAGUAGAAAUUAUUCCCUAAAUCAUGCCAUUUAGAUCAUGCAUCAUGGAAAAAAUGGGAAAUUCAGGUGUUUAUUCUGCUGUUUAUCAAAAUAUGACCCAAAUACAUUAAAUAAUAGAAAUUAAUUUAAUAUCUGAACAGCAUCAUGACAAUUAAAAGAAUUUUGAGUUAUAAAUCUGAAAUCAUUAAAUAUGUGUUAAGAUGGCAAAAUGAUGAAAGUUACUUUUUCAUGAGACACAAAGCACAAAAUGACCUAGUCACUCUUUGUUUCUUAUGUUUAGAAGUAGGCAAAAGGUGCAUUUCUCUUGUAAUGUAUGAAAAGACAAUGGGGACAAAUUGCAAUAUGGCAAGAGCCGUUGAGUAAUUUUUCUUGCCAUUUUGGUGCUUAAACUAGCUGGCAUGAAAAGUUUUAAUGAAGUAACGUAUAACAUUUUGCCAACUUAGCACAGAAAUAUAUUAUUGGAUCCAAAACUGAAUUAAACUGUUCAGAUUGGUUGUUUUAAGAUUUCCAUUAUUUUCUGCAACUUGUUACACUGGGUUCACAUUUCAGUGUCUAACCAGCAAAAUUAUUGGUUAUUGGGUGUUUUUGAAGUACCUCUUAAGGAUUCCCAUUUGUUUUAUUGGAUGCCUUCCACAGAGAGGGGAAUAUUUCUUUUUAAUUUAUCAAAAUGAUGCCCAAGAAUUUCUUAAGAAAUAUUAGCCUUUUACUUCAGAAAUAUUACUGAGUUUAAGUUAUUUAAUCAAAAAGUGUAUAUUUUGGAUGUAUCCAAUAAUAUGUUCUAAAAAAAGAUUUCUAUUGUGUUAGUAAAUGUGAAUUUCUCAUUGGUUAAUCUCUUAAUGUUAUUAAUGUCUCCUUACUGUUAGAAGUUAAACAAGCCCUUUUCUUUUGGGAUGCAACAUUACUUCUGUUAACUGUAAUCUUACUCAUGUAAAACUUUGUUACUUGUUUUACUCUCUAUGGACGUUUCAAUAUUGCUCUAUACCUUCAUCCAUUUCCAACUUAAGAAUUUUACUAUAGUCUCUUGCAUUAACUGGGCUUGGUAAAGUAAAAUAAUUUCAUAGAACCAUGAUUUUUUUUUAAAUUCUACUCCUAUUUGUGGAAAAAUCAUUAUUAAUUCUCAUGAUUUUCCUCCUGUACACUCAUAGGACUCAGGCUUCAAACCUACUAUUCAGUUAUGCUAUUCUCUCCCUUAAUGUAUAGAAAUAUUGCAGUCUGGUCUGAAGUUAAUAACACACCCACCAGUGGACAAUAGUUGAAGCCUAAACAGACACCCUCUAAAAUAGUAUAGUCUGUAAAACAAAAUAAACAAAAGCUGAUUGGUAGCUACUUCAAGCUAGGAAAUUUUGCUGUAAGCACUAUGCAAAAUUUCUAAUAUACAAUUUUGAUACUGAAUUAUGUGGCGGGCAACACAAAUUUCAGUUAUUUUAACUUAGACAACUUCUGUAAUGUUGCUUAUGAAAAUUUACAAAUUUUCAUGUGUUUUCCUGUUUCUUUUCAUUGCCAUUAAUGUAUUUUAAUUUGUGAAUGAACUGAAAAUCUUGAUUUCAUGUUUACAUGAUCAUAUAUGCAAUGGAAUAUAUUUUUCAGUUCUUUAUUGAUAGUGAAUGUACUUCCAUUUCUCAGAGCAUUACCUGCUGUUUGUAUUUAUUUUAAAUUGAACCUUUUGUGGUUUAGAACAUUGCCUUUCUUAUAUUUUGUAGUUAUUUAAGAAAUUAGCAUUUCUUGAAUGAACUGCAAAAUAUCUCUUCAUAAUUCUUUUGUUGAGGGCAUAGGAAAGAACUUCUGUAGUGUAACAUGAGAGAAUUUUUUUGUGCCAUUCUCAGAAUUGUGAAAUAAAAUUGGCACCUUCUAGCAAUUGGCCUGUUUAAUAAUCUGUUUUACUAAUGAUACAUAUUGCAAUUAUAGAUUGAAAUUGAAAUUUGAAUUCUGCAUUGUGUGCCAUAAAGAUUUGUUAGAGCAUAGUUAGCACUUUAGCUUCAUAGUGCAACUGAAUUUUUUGCUCAUAUAGUACAAAUCGUAUUUCGAAUUUCAGAAAAAUAUAUGUAAAAUUUUUAUUAUGUUCUGUAGACAAAGUAGAAGUUUUUGGAGUUGAGGAAGUGACAUUUAGAAGACUGAGGCUGUGUACAAGAGGAUUAUUGAUUUUUUUUGUUCUAUUUAUUGAAAUGUUUCUACUUUUAUCUGUUUUUGUGUGUAUUGUGCACUUAAUUUUAUUUUCUUGUAACUUUGUCUUGAGAUUUUUUUGUAUGUGUGUAAAUAUUGUGCUGAAGGACAAUCAAUGAUAGUCCAAUCUUUUUUAAGAACACUUACAAAUUAUCAUACUCAUUUAUCAUAAUCUGAAUCUCUGUUUCAUUACUCAGAUUAGAGAAAGAUUACUUUUAUGUCUACUUUGGGAAAUUGGUAUAUAUUGCAUAUAAUUCCUUUUAUUUUACUUGUACAUUCUAUAUUGUGUUAUGUUAUUUUAUGAAUGUGAACAUGACACAGUGCUUCCGUACUCAGAUUGUUGUAACUGUGCCAAAAUUAUUUGUCUCUAUUUAACACAGUUGCACAAGCUCAGCUUAAAAUGCGCAAAAUAUCAGGCUAUAUAUAUGCAUGUUGUUUUAAUUGCCAGUAUUUGAAGAAAAGUUGUUUAUUGAGCAUUAGAUUUCAAGAGUUGUUGUUUUCAUAUGACAAGUGUUGAAUAUUGAAGUUACAUAAUAUUCAUAAAAUGUCAAGUCCUUGGAAAUAUUCUUAGUAAAUUUAAAUGUGUGGCUAGUUGUAUGUUCUAGAAGCAGGAAUUAGCAUCUUCAAAAUUAAUUAAAAAUAUCUUCAGACAUUUGCAAACCUCCUUUCAAGCACUCAAUAGCAUUAUUACUACAGAUGUAUGAAUAGUAGGUUCAUCAUUGACUUUUAAUUUUUUUAAAUUAUUAGCAGACAUGAAAAAAUACAUCACUAAAUAAUUUACACCAACAAGAAUAACCAAAAUACGCAGUGCAUUUGGCUGUCAUUGAUGUGCCACAAUUGAGAACUGUACUUAAUGUCAGUUACUAUAACAACUUGUGCCUCUAGAUUAAAAUUUCAGAUAUAUGUAUAUAUUGUAUUUGAAGUAUGUAUUUCACAGUUAUAGAAUCCCACAUUUUUUUAAAAAGUUUUGUUUGUAUAAUGUAAUAUAUUCUGUACCAAAUAUAUCAUAUCAUUUUAUUGCUGUAAAAGUAUGCAUAUAAUGUACAUCACAGCUAUUGCAACCAAAGUUGGUGUUAAAUACAUUUUUAAAAUGUUUUAAGAGUGUGUUUAGUUGAUUAUGAUUUUCCCUUCUUUCGGCAGUUACUGUUUUUGAGAAACUGGUUUUCUUGUAUUAAUCAAAUGUGUGAUGUUUGGUCAGAUAAUUCCAAAAUCACAUUUGGAUGUAAUUAUGGCUAUUGCACACUAUUACAUUUUUAAACAGAAUCAAACUAACUAGGUAGUUCUGUUCCUUGAAUUUUGUGUUCUGAAGAAUGUAUUUCAACAUUUCCUAGCUUCCAAUCUGUAAAAAUGUAAUGGUGUGGAAUAGUCGAAGUGAAGCUGAUGUCAAUGUGAUUUUGGAGUUAUCAUAUUCUGACCAAACGCCACUGAAAUUAUUUAUUGUUGUAUAAUAAUUGCUGUUUUAGAACAUGUCAAAAGUAGGAUAAAAAAAUUUAACCGAGUAAUAAAAUGCAAUAAGGUUUUCUUGGUAUGAUAUGAG